AUGCCCGGGGCUCGGCCGCCCCCCGCAGGGAACCGCACGGACUUCUUCCCCUUCUUCUCGGACUUCAGGGGCGCCAGCCGCGUGGCGCUCAGCGCCCUGGAGACGGCCGUGCUGGCGUGCAUCUUCGCGCUCGCCCUGGCGGCCAACGCGUGCGCCAUCCGGCUCCUGGCGCGCCGCAAACGGAGGCUGAGUGUCGCCAGCUGCCUGGUGCUCAACCUUUUUUGCGCUGACCUGCUCUUCAUCAGCGCCAUCCCCAUCAUCGCCGUGGUGCGCUGGACCGAGAGCUGGACCAUGGGCCACGCCGUCUGCCACCUGCUCUUCUACAUGAUGGGACUCAGCGGCAGCGUCACCAUCCUCUCGCUGGCCGCUGUCAGCCUGGAGCGCGUGGUCAGCAUCGUCCGGCUCCGGCCCUCGAAGGCCUACAGAGGCAGGCUGGUGGCCGGCCUCCUGCUGUUCAUCUGGGCCGUCUCGGCGCUGGCCGCCCUGCCGCUCUGCCUUUUCUUCACAGUUCAGCCGCUGCCCAGAAAGCACCAGGAAGUGUUAAUUUGCACCUUGGACUGGCCCAGCAUUUCAGGAGAGAUCGCUUGGGAUGUGUCUUUUGCCACUGUGAUCUUCUUAAUACCAGGAUUGGUCAUCAUAAUUAGUUAUUCAAAGAUUUUACAGAUUGCAAAAGAAUCAAGGAGGCGUCUUCAUGCUGGCAUGGCCUAUUCAGAGGGUUAUCACAUUCGAAUUUCCCAGAAAGACUUCAGACUGUUGCGGACUCUGUUUGUAUUGAUGAUCUCUUUCUUUCUUAUGUGGAGUCCAAUAAUCAUCACCAUUCUCCUCAUUUUAGUGCAGAAAUUCAAUCCAGACGUGAACCUAAUGCCUUCUUUUUUCUUUUGGAUAGUGGCUUUCACAUUUUCCAAUUCAAUUGUCAACCCAGUUUUAUAUAAUGUAUCGCACUUCAGGCAUGAAUGGAGGAAAAUCUUUUUCUGCUGCCCUGGUCCUCUUGGAAGAAAAGCAACUGACACUACGCUGAGGCAGAAUAACAACAGACAUUUCUCCGUGUCUGCUAUUUCCACAUAACCAUGUGAUGUUUCUGACAGCGGUAAUCUCACCAGCUUUUGGGAACAGUGUGCUAAAGAAAGUGUCUGGGAAAGAGGGAGGCGGGUGGAAUUAAAAUAUCAAGAUCUGCACAGCAUAUUCUGGUCUUGGGAAAUCUUGGUGCUGCAGAAAAUGACCCUUGGUGCUGCAGAAACUCUCCCCAUAGCAAGAUGCAAGGGACGCUGAUGGCGUUAAAACAGAAGUUAAAAUGUUGACUUCAGAGCAUAACUGAACUCUGCAGUUUACUAUCUUCCAGAAAGUGAUUGUAUUUUGUGGGAUCUUUGCCAUGGGGCAGGGGCGACAACACUUCCUUGCGUGAGAGCCAAAGAAUCGGUGUUAACAAAUAACAAGUUUAAAAAUGCGUAAGUGGCAGGGACACAGCCAAAUGUUCACAUGUGUGCUAGGUUUAUAAAUGUACAAGUAGCUGCCAGCUGCAGGGAGACUCAGCCAUUCAAACAGUACUGUGUAUUUUGAACAUGUGUCUAUGGGUUUUGUUCUUGUACUGGAUUCGUGCCUAGCUGGUGUAAAAAGAUUGCUGGGGUAUGAUGGUGCAUGUAGAUGCUUAGCACAUGGUCAGCUCUGGCAGAAUCCGUUACCUGUUCAGUCAAGGGAGUGAGGGAUAGGUGCAGGUGGGACUUAGCACAGGCAGCUCACCUUCCAUCCACCGAACAGAUGAAAGCACAUGAUUAUCAGGGGCUGGUCUGAAUCGGAAGAUUGGGGAAUGCAAUCACAGGGAGAUCAGCUCCUAACAGAAGAGCAGGGGAAAUACCCCCCCUUCCAGCGUUUCCAGAAGCAGAGAGACAGGCAGACACAGAAGAUGCUCGGUUGAGAGAGGAGCUACGCAGCUAUGAGAUAGUAGCUGAGCAACCAGAAGGGAGGGAGCAGCUGGAACCCCUCCCUCCCACUGAACUCAGAGGUCCGAGCGUGUCACAGAACAAAGGAGAUGCCGGGGGAGGGGGUGAGGCACUUCCCAUUGGCAUGCUUCUCGCUGCGGAUGUGGGGAGGAAUCAGAGUAGGCAACUGAUAUCCUUGCAGAGGGUUGCAUGUUUGUGCUUGUAACAUAAUGCUGUAAUUAAAGGACUAUAAAUCUACCAAAUGUUCAUUAAUUAUUAUCAGUGAGCUACCAGAAGGGAGAGGGGGAACUCCCGUAGUUGAAAAUGAUGCAGCAACCUUGUUGAAGCUUGCCUAGAGCGAAAUCAGUGCCUAGAUGGGAGAUCACCUCAGAUCCCCUUCACCCUACGCUUCAUG